AUGCAAACCCCUGCUCAGGUGGACGGGGGUGCAAGCCCUGCCGUGCCUCCGGGUCCUGGGCGCGCCUGCGCGUUGGGAAUAGACCUGGGCACUUCAUCUGUGAAAGUGGCCGUGGUGGAGGACGCAGGCCGAGGGCCCGUGGUGGUCGAGAGCUGCAGCAGAGAGACCCGGGCGCAGGUGGAGAGCCAGGCUGCCGGGCUGCAGGGGGAUGAACAAGACAUUCAGAAAAUUGUAGCUGCCUUGGAUGAAUGCCUCAUAGCCCUCCCUCGGCAACUCCUGCAGGGAGUUCGCCGCAUUGGAAUCUCUGGACAGAUGCAUGGGAUCGUGUUUUGGAAAGCUGGCCGAGGUUGCAAAUGGACUGGCAGUGGAACUGGGCAACGAUUUGAGCCGGAGGAAGUCAGUCACCUGAUCACAUGGCAAGACGGUCGCUGCAGUAGCAUCUUCCUCUCCUUGCUGCCGCCACCACAGUCACACCUUAGUGUGGCGACAGGAUUUGGCUGUGCCACAAUCUACUGGUACCUGCGGAACAGCCCAGAUUUCUUGACACGUUACGAUGUUGCUGGAACCAUCCAGGAUUACGUGGUCAGCAUGCUGUGUGGUCAGGAACGGCCGCGGAUGUCUGUCCAGAACGCUGCCAGCUGGGGAUACUUCAACACCACCCGAAAAAACUGGAAUAUGGACAUCCUCGGAGAAUCUCACUUCCCCAUCCAUUUUCUGCCGGAAAUAGUUGACCCUGGAGACCUUGCAGGGGAGACUUCCUGUGUGUGGCACGCGAUUCCGAAGGGCGCCCAAGUUGGGGCUGCUCUGGGCGACUGCCAGUGUUCGGUGUACUCCUGCAUGCCCAAAAGCACUGAUGCAGUCCUCAACAUCGGCACCUCUGCUCAGCUGACCGUCCUGGCACCCUUUGGCUUCCAGCCGGCGGAGUCCCCAGACCCUCGUUCGCCUGUGACCUACUUUCCAUAUUUCGGCAAUCGCUAUCUGGCCGUGGCAGCCUCAUUGAAUGGCGGAAAUGUCCUGGCAGCAUUUGUGGACAUGUUGGCUGAAUGGAUGGCUGAGUUGGGACUCGAAGUCCCACGUUCCGCCCUCUACCUGCGAACUAUCCAAGCUGCCUUGGCCCGAGCCGACACGGCUCUCUCUGUUUGCCCGACCGUCUUUGGCGAAAGGCACAUGCCUGAGCAGCGGGGAUCUGUGACGGACAUCGCGGCCUCCGACCUCUCAUUGGGUCACGUGACCCGAGCCCUGUGCCGGGGCGUGGUCCAGAACCUGCACUCCAUGAUGCCUUCCCAGCGCCUGGCGGAGGCAGGCGCCAAGCGGAUCCUGGCCAGUGGCAGCGCCCUCUCCAGGAACGAAGUGUUGAGGCAGGAAGUGGAAAGGACAUACCCCUUUCCGGUGGUUUACGGGAAAGACAUGGACGCGGCAGUAGGGGCCGCCUUGGUGAUGCUACACAGGAAGUGAGGUCAGGG